GGUCCCAAGCAACAGCUGCAACACUCUCUCUCUCUCUCUCUCUCACACACACACACACACACACAAACACUAGCCAUGUUAACUUCUGGCGAAACAUCUGUUCACAAGUUGAACUUUGCCAAGCCUAGAAGCUUUUCCACCACAUUCAAGUCCGACUUCAAAGAGACUCUCUUCCCCGAUGACCCUUUCCGGGAUAUAAAGAAUGAGCCGUUCUGGCCCCGCACCAAGAAAACCGUGCAAUAUUUUGUUCCAAUGUUUGAGUGGCUGCCCAAAUACAACUUCCAUUUGUUCAAGUAUGAUCUUCUCGCCGGGAUCACCAUCGCUAGCCUUGCCAUACCACAGGGAAUCAGCUACGCUAGGCUCGCCAAUGUUCCUCCCAUCCUCGGCCUAUACUCGAGCUUUGUUCCUCCUCUUGUUUAUGCUGUUUUUGGAAGUUCAAAGCAUCUUGCAGUUGGAACCAUUGCAGCAUGUUCAUUGCUCAUCGCUUCAAUAAUUGGAGAGCAAGUAUCAGCCACCGACAAUCCAACUCUGUAUCUUAGCUUGGUCUUCACUGCUACUUUCUUCACUGGUAUCAUCCAGACUGCUUUGGGUUUACUAAGGCUUGGAAUUUUGAUAGAUUUCUUGUCACAUUCGACGAUCACUGGUUUCAUGGGAGGGACGGCAAUAAUUAUCUGCCUGCAACAAUUGAGGGGCAUCUUUGGAUUGAAGAGUUUCACUACUAAUACUGAUGUGAUUUCAGUGUUACGUGCAAUUUUCAGCCGGACAAAUGAGUGGAGAUGGGAGAGCGCGCUCAUGGGUGUUAUCUUCCUUUGUUUCCUUCAAUUCACCAAAUAUGUGAAGCAAAUGAAACCAAAGCUAUUUUGGGUAACAGCUAUAGCUCCGAUGGUGACCGUUAUAAUUGGCUGUGUCUAUGCAUAUUUUGCUAAAGCGGAAAGACAUGGCAUCCAAAUUGUUGGUGACUUGAACAGAGGAAUAAAUCCUCUAUCCAUUCAAAGUUUGAACUUUGACCCCAAGUACAUAUCAGCACCUAUAAGAGCUGGGAUCAUUACAGGCAUGGUGGCUCUAGCUGAAGGAAUAGCAAUUGGAAGGAGUUUUGCCAUGAUGAGAAAUGAACAAAUUGAUGGUAACAAAGAGAUGAUAGCCUUUGGUCUCAUGAACAUGGUUGGAUCUUUCACUUCAUGCUACUUGACCACUGGGCCGUUUUCAAAAACUGCAGUGAAUUUCAACGCGGGAUGUAAGACUCAAAUGGCAAAUGUAGUGAUGGCCAUUUGCAUGUUGCUUACACUCCUCUUCUUGGCUCCUCUGUUUAGUUACACCCCACUCGUCGCUCUUUCUGCCAUUAUCAUGUCGGCCAUGUUUGGUCUGAUUGAGUAUGACAAGGCUUAUCACCUCUACAAGACAGACAAGUUCGAUUUCAUCAUUUGCAUGUCUGCAUUUCUUGGUGUCAUCUUCAUAACCAUGGACAUGGGCCUUAUGAUUUCUGUGGGACUUGCCAUAGUCAGAGCACUUUUAUACAUAGCAAGGCCUUCUAUUUGCAAGCUCGGACACGUUCCCUAUUCAACUUUGUACCGUGACACAGUGCAGUAUCCUGGUGCCACUGGCCUUCCCGGAAUCCUAAUUCUGAAACUUGGUUCUCCUGUCUACUUUGCGAAUUGCUCUUAUAUUAGAGAGAGGAUUUUGAGAUGGGUGAGAGAUGAACAGGACAUUGCAGAAUCUGAAGGAAAUGACAUUGAGCAUAUUUUACUAGAUUUGGGAGGAGUUACAUCAAUCGACAUUACAGGCGUUGAAACCCUCUUUGAAGUUCAAAGAAACAUGGAAGCAAAAGGGAUUACGAUGGCCUUAAUAAACCCGAGGAUUGAGGUAAUGGAAAAGUUGAUAGUGACAAAAUUCAUAGACAAAAUUGGGAAGGAAUCAGUGUUCUUAUCGAUCCAAGAAGCGACCGAAGCGUACGGGUUUUCUCUGAGAAGCUCAAAGCAGGUGAUGAACAGCUUCGAUGGACGUGAGGUUGUGCAGGUGAUGCUAGUGUAACAACAAACUAGUUUGGGAAUUGGGAAAUAAAGAUCAUCCUGGAUGAGGCUGCAGGGUGAUUAAAUCUUCAAAAUGGACGCACAUUCAUCAUCACAUUAUCUACUAGUUGUUACAAUAAGGAAGAUUUAUAUAUAUAAAUGGUUGUAAGACGAUAUAUAUCUUGGUUAUUAUAUUAAGAUCGAAGAUCCAUGUGUGUCAUGAAAAAGAAAAAGAAAAAAAAAAUGUACUAGUUAGAAUGGAUUGAUAAAUAAUACUAGAAUGAUUUAUUUGGA